AUGGAUCCGCCCGUGGCUGCAGCCGUCGCUCGCGCAGCCCGCCUAGGCUCAGGCGGCCUCACAUGCCCCCUCAAGAGCUGCUGCCCAAAUCGCAGUGAUGCCUCCACGAAGCCACGUGACGAUGCUCCCCGCCCCACCUCUCCCAGACUACCAGAGAGGUGGAUCGGCGUGGAUUACGACCAGGUGCCAGAUGAUGCUAAGACUCCGACGGACAAGGACCUUGAAUCGGACGAAGCUGUACGGGCCUUGUAUGAGCGCUGGCGCAGGGCUUUCAACAAGAAACGCGACCAUGCCGAGAUGGUUUGUCGGUUCAAAAUAUUCAGAUAUAUUGCGGAGGAGGUGCACAGCCACAACACUUAUGUUCCUGAUGAUCCAGAGGAAGCAGCCAUCCACCUUCAGAAAAGAAGGGAGGCCGAAUUACUUCUUUCAAAAGGCGAAGAUGUACACUCACGCUUUGAUGACUGGCAUCUGCCACGAGAACUAGGUCCACUCUCCGAUGGGGGAGAUCCAUGUCUUCGUAUACGCGAUUAUGACAGGUAUAAGAUGAUCGAAGAGAUUGUAGCACGCCGUGCUGUCAAAGAUGUUGCGGUGGAGUAG